AGCCAAACUUAUUGACAGACGUAGCACAUCUGCACACGCACACACACACACACACACACACACGCGUUGGCGCCAAUGGCCUCCCCAAACUCGCCCAACACCAAAGCGGGGCAGCUGAGCGACGAGGAAGUCACUCGCCACCGCGUAAUCAGCCGUCUGAAUGACAUCCGCCUCCAGCCCCUGAAGCAGCUGCCCAUGACGGCUUUCAUGAUGUGGAUGGUUGGCAACGAUGUGAGCAUCUUCUCGAUCAUGUUCGUCGGCAUGGCCGUCGUGAACCCGCUGCAGUCGAUUUUCAGCGCCGGCAAAACCUUCGAGGACUUUGAGGAGGAUGCGAAGGCGGACCGGCAGAUUCGCUCCGCCGUGAACCAGUCCAAGUGGAUCUACAUUGGUUGUUGCCUGGUGGCCUUCCUCGUGGCGCUGGUGAAGCUGAACUGGAUGGAGCUGCUGCCGGUGAGCUCGAUGGAUUGGAUGGACAACACGCCGCCUGCGUACGGCGAGUUCAGCACUGGGGCCUUCAACGAUUGA